GAAAGAUCCAUGGGUUCGAUGUUUUACGGUUACAGAGCCUAGUCGUCAUUCAAAAGGGUUCACAGUAUAUAAAGUCACUUCUAAGGUUUUCCCAAGAGGCUUCCCAGAGGCUGUUACUGAGUUGGUAGUGUUCAAGAGGUACAAUGAUUUCAAGAAACUUCACAAAGUUCUUUCGACACUGCAUAAAGAUCUAUACCUGAAAGGGGAAUUUCCCAAGUUUGCAAAGGCAAAGCUAUUUGGUCGCUUUGAUGAGGAGGUGGUAGAAGAAAGGCGGCUAUGUGCAUUACAGAUGUUGGAAUUCAUUGCUCAGCACUAUCCGCUGUUUACCAGCAAGUCUUUCUUGGAAUUUUUCGAGGGUGCAGUGGCACUUGAUCCUGGCCGAGAGAUGAAGGCGUUACGAGACGAGAUUUUGCAGCCGACUGUGAUACAAGAUGGUGUUGCUAGCCAAACGUCCGCCAUUCAUGAAGAAAACCAUUCUUCUGCAAAGGGUGACACACAUGUGAUAGAAGCAUCGCCAGGCGUUGACUCAUCUUCAGCAUCUGCCUCUAGAGAUCCGUGCGAUGGUGGUGUAGCCAAGUCGGGCUCGAAACCGAGCGGACGUGAGCUCGCGGCGCAGGCGGAGAGUUUAACAUCGCUCGGCGGCGUCUGGCAGUACCGGCAGACGGCCGACAACCUCAGUCUGAGCUCCGACGACAACGCCGACGUCGACGACGACGAGAACUCGUUCACGACGUUCACCGAGUCCGAGUCGGGCCUCAGCACGCCGCUGCCGAGCUCCGACAUCUCACUGUUUGACCCGCUCGCGGAUGCGUCACCCGUGGCGGCCGCGAGCAACGCGUGGCUGCUCUCGGCGAUGGUCGCCUGCGCGCAGCUGGAGAAGCCUGAGCCGCAGCGGCGCCUCGACGCGCUGCAGUUCCCGAAGGCGUUCUCCGAGUACGAAGACGUCGAGACGCCGAAGGCCGAGGCGCCGCGAGAGUUUGCCGACGCCGACAGUCUGGACAUGCAGGAGGCUGGCGGGGUUCCCGACGCGCCGUGGAGGGAGUCGUCUUCAUCGUCGAGCAUCCCUGCCCCUCAGCCGCGCGACCGUGGGUCGAUGACUCUACCGGUGCGCAGUCCGCAGCGGGUCUUAGGCAGCAAGCCAUCGACCCCUUGCCGCACUCCCACGUCGCCGGCCCCGCAGCCAUUGCUGUCCCCAGAGGUGCUUGAUAUCAACGGGAAAGGCGCAUACAUCUACGAGGCAGCUAACCUAAUAAGCUUAGCCCAGGAGAAUGAGGCAGACGGCCAGUGUAGACUCUCAUUCCAAUAUUACAAGAUGGGAGUGUCGCUGCUGCUGAAAGGCGUGCAAGGCGAUGGUGAUGCAAGCAGGAGAGAAGCAGUAAGGAGAAAGACAGCACAGUAUCUGAUGAAGGCUGAAGACCUAUAUAAUAACCACUUGUCUGCAACAGACACUGACAACCAGCGAUGGGGAGAGGACAGCGAGACCUCCCCGUCACGACAGUACCAACAGCCGCAGCAGCUAGAGGAUAACAGCCCAGCUCUCUUGGAGGGCCCCACAGUAGAGCUGGGCUACUACAAAGUGUUGGGCAUCAUCGACAAGGCGCUACUCGUCCUCGACUCGACCAGCGAACGCACGUUUGCGCUGAAGGUGCUGAGCAAGACCAGCUCGCCGACGUCCAGCUACAGCAUCGUGCCGACGACGGUGCCGCACAUGGUCAAGCUCGUGCGCUUCUACGAGACGGACAACGCCAUCUUCCUCGUGCUCGAGCUCGCUGCCGGCGGCAAGCUGUGGAGCUACGUCAGCUCCUACCUCAACCAGCAGGCAAGCGGCUUCCCGCACGACGACGACGACGACGACGUGUUCGCCGACGCGCACGAGCAGCGGCUACGACGGCCGGACGGCAGCGCGGCGGCGCACAGUGGCGCUCCCGCGGCUGCCGAGCGCGACCUGCUGCGCAUCCCCGAGUGCGCGUCCGGCGGCUCGAGUCAGAGCUCGGUGGAGUCGAACGAGGCGUGCACGCGCGGCUACGCGGAGCUGUUCAAGAACUACGCUUCCAACGUCGGCCGCACGUUCCGCCGCAUGUCCGGCGGCGAGCCCCCGCCGCCGGAUCCGCGGGCAGGGGGCGCCAGCGGCGGUGGUGAGUGUGCGCCGUGCGUCGUCGCGGAGGAAGAGUCCGACGACGAUGACGACGAUGACGACGGCGGCGACGACUUUGACGACUUUGAGAGCGUGAUAAGCGGCGCGAGGCCCUCGAUGCACAACUUCAGCAUCAACAGCGUCGACAGCGACCACGGCUUCCGGGAGAGGGCGCUGUCGAGCCUUGACGGCGAGCACAGCGUCCACGAGAGGGCGCUGUCGAGCGGCGGCGCGCUCGCGGACGCCUCGCUGGAGUCGCUGCGAGCCGCCAAGUCGCGUCCGUCGGACGGCCGCGUCCGCAAAAGCUUGGACAGCGUCGUACCACCCUCGCUAUUCUGUGAAUCAGCUAUAGCAGACAGCUUCGCACUAUUCUGUGAGUCUUCCAUAGCGCACAGCAUCGUACCACCCAUGCUAUUCUGUGAGUCUUCCGUAGCGCACAACGUCGUACCACCCACGCUAUACUCAUCGUAG